CUACAUAGUACAACGAAUUGUCCCGCAUUACGCUUUGCACAUAGCCGAUAUCGUGUCGUGACCCACCCGCUACUUCCAGUUCCACUUCGCGUGGCUUCCCCAGAGCAUUAUCCCGCAGCCACAACAGGCAACAAGCAGGCAGCAAGACGUCCUUGAAGAAUCUCGACCCUGACUAGUGAACCAUGUGAACCAUGUGAACCAAAACAUGCCCAGUCGACGAUAGAAAGCAUAACUUGAAUGCAGGGCCCCCCGUGGUCUGUUGCCUGGAGCUGAUGACGGGGUUUCGGCUUCUGCUUCGACUGAAGCACACAACUUAUGAAUCUGAAGAUAAAGCCGCCGAGAUCCGCUCUCUCCAUGGACUCGGAUGGAUUGAGUCGUCAAGCUCCUUUUCCAAUCGUUUCCAAUCGUCCUCGAGCUCAUUAAUCCUGCCCGCAUCGUCCCCUACAUUGUCUCUUGCUUGCCGUGACCAGGCUUUCCACCAUGGCGACUCCCAAAUCAGUCCUCUCCAAGACGCUGCAGAGCAUCACGCUCAGCAAGAUUCGCGAGCUGGAAUCGCGCCGCAAGUCGUACGAGGACCGCAAGCGUGUGUAUCUGGCCAAAGCCGACGCCGCCGUCGACGAACGGGACCGCCUCGCCUGCCUUCUCGAGGCCGUGAAGGAACUAUGCCCAGCCGCAUCGAAAGAUGCCGAGUUCAAGAAUGUCCAGCGUUGGUUGGACCAGUCGCGCUAUGACGCCUCGAUCCCCGUGUCUAAGCUGGAUAGCUUCAGCCGCCAGCUCCGCGGCAAGCUUGACAUCCAGAGCCGCAAGUUGGACUUGGCCCAUCUGUACUCGCGCCUCCUAACUGAAUGGAUGGAUCAGCCCGUCACCGACCCGUUGCCAGCCUCGGCCGACGAUCCGGACGAAGACUCGUUUGAGCUUAUCGAACGUCAACGGCAGCGGCUGAGCGAGCUCGUCGACAAGUUUGAAACCGUCGUGUUCGAGCCGCUCGAGACGGAUGAGGUCGAGAUCCGCAGCUUCCUCGACGACCUGUUUUCGGACGAGGCGAGCCAAAGAGAGCUGAAAGAGCUGCGCGACAGGAUCGCCAGGGAGAGCACAAAGUUCGCUUCCGAGACUGCUCCCUUCACCCAGGAGUCCCUCACCAGCUGCAUCAAGGGGCUCCUGACCGAGGAUAUCCUCAGCGACGAGAAGCAGGCCAUCCUGCGCGACUUUCUCGAGAGCGAUGUGGCCAAGUCGGAGAUCGCCGAUGUCUUGAACAUGCGGUUUUCCGACCUGAAGCAGUGGCACUGGGACGCCGGAGAGGACGGUAUUCGUGUCAUGCCCCGCCGCGGCCUCAACGGCAAGUACCGGAUAUGGGCCGACGACGAUAUCCUGCAAAUGAUCUUCGUCCAAUAUAUCGGCAUCAGACUCUGUAACAUGCUCAAGCCGGCUCUGAAGAACUUCAUGAACGCCGUGUGCUUGCGGGAUCUUGAGGGCCACAUGGCGCCCUCGGCAGCCGACUCCAAUAGGAGGUGGUUCUACCUGGGUACCAAGGGGACUUAUGGCGGGUCUAUGGAGGUACGGCGCAAGUCGGACUACAUCAAUACGUUCCUGCUCUCGCAGCUGCCCGCCACCGAGACAUCACUAUACGAUGGCGGUGUCGGAUACGACGACGAUAAGGACGACGACGAUGAUGAUGACGAUGGUGGUGCGAAGAACGUGAAGGAGGUGGACGUGAGCUACAACCCGCCGAAACGGUCUGGGAUCAAGCAGCAACUAUUGCGCUACCUCACCGCAGAGCUGAUGGUCCAUCGGCUGCGAAAUGUCACGUACGACACCCGCGAAGGCCCCGGGCACGGCGUCGCCCUGGUCCAGACCGAUCUGCAGUGGUAUGCCACCGGUCUCCCGCACAGCACAAUCUUUGCCGUUAUGCGCUACGUCGGCUUCGGGCAGGACUGGAUCGACUUCUUCAAGAAGUACCUCGAGUCUCCCCUGAACCUGGACGCCGCCUCGGACAACCGGCCGCAGCUCGGCCCCCGUAUCCGCAAGAGGGGCGUCCCCAUGGCGCACUCGUCGGAGAAGUUCACGGGGGAGCUGGUGCUGUUCUUCAUGGAUCUCGCCGUCAACCGCAAAACCGGCAUGCUGUUGUACCGCCUGCACGACGAUAUCUGGCUCGUCGGCGAGCCGGAAAGGAGCGCCCAGGCUUGGGAGUGCAUGCAGUCGUUCGCCAGGGUCUUUGGCCUCGAGUUCAACAAGUCCAAGACCGGGUCCGUCUACCUCCCUGGCUCGGCCAAGAGGGAUCCGACCAUUGCCCGAACACUGCCUGUUGGCCCUGUCCGGAUAGGCUUCCUAUGUCUGGACCCCAAGACGGGCAAAUGGGGCAUCGACGACAAGCUGGUAGCGGCGCACGUCGACCAGCUCAAGAAGCAGCUCUCCGAGUGUAACAGCGUGCUGUCGUGGGUCCAGACAUGGAACAGCUGCAUCGGCCGUUUCUUUAGCCACACCUUUGGCGAACCUGCCUACUGCUUCGGGCGCGAGCAUAUCGACGCGGUCCUGGACACGUAUCGCCUUAUGAUGAAGAGGUUGUUCCCUGGCUCAGAUGGCAAGGAAGGAAGCGUCGUCGAACACAUCAAGGGCAUGAUCCAGGAUCGCUUCGGAGUCUCGAACUUACCGGAUUCAUUCAUCUACUUGCCGGAACAGCUGGGAGGCCUGGGGCUCCGGAACCCCUUCGUCGGCUUGUUCCUGGUUCGCAACAAAAUCACCGAGAGCCCUGAAGAGGUAAUCGUGGACUUUCUGAGGAGAGAGCGGGAAAAGUACCUGGAAGAAAAGAAGAACUUUGAGAGCCUGGACGACCUGGAGCGGCAUCAGCGGCUGCGCCGAUGUUUCCUGAACGACGAGGAUGCCAGGGAAAGAGUCAUUUCGGAUUCGGAUAUGACGAGCUUCUUCUCGCUCGAAGAAUAUUCCCGCUACCGCGAACGAUGGAGCUCCGACUUCCUAAAGACCUUCGAGAAGCUGAUCUGCGUUCCGGAGAUGGAGGGCAUCGCGCUGAGCAAGGAGGUAGAGAGCGGGCUGAGGGAGUUCCUCGCCAACAGUGUCCGGCUCGACGCCGAGAAGAAGUGGCUCCUCCAGCUCUACGCGAAAGAGCUGCUCGAGAAUUUUGGCGGGCUCAACCUGGUCGACAAGAAGUUCCUGCCUGUCGGCGUGCUGACCAUGAUGAGGGGCAAGAAGGUCAGCUGGAACAUGGUUCUAUGAGCCCGUGCGCGCGAAAGAGCGCGCCGUAGUCUGGGAAGCAACCAAGAAUGUAGACAUAUGCCGUCGCUAAAUCAUGCACGACCUUCUAUCAUACACAGUACACGCUGUUGGGUCUUUUUUUUUUGUCCGCUCGCCCCGGGAUUGCUUAUCUGCCCAACCGAGCCUCCAUCCCACGAGAGUUUGAGCGCGGCAUACACACGUCCCCCUUCCUCCCCCGGGAGUUCCCUUCCCGUCUCCUCCCUUUUUUUUUUUUUUUUUUUUUUUUUUU